UUCUAUACGGCAACGUUAGCAACUGUGCUACUACAGCAAGCUACAAUGUCUGAAGUUGAUUUUGGUGAUCUGGAGCUUUUCCAGCAGUUAGAGGACAGUGCACCUACAGUCCCGAAGCAUACUCGCUUCCCAGACGAUGAAGAUGACCAAGGAGAGACCAGUCGGAUAAGGGAGGAGCUGGAGGUGUCUGACGAGCGUAUAGUUAGACUGAACGAAGAGAUUGAAGCCUUAAGAAGGAAAGUGAAUAUUCUGACACGUCCAAGUGGGAUCACCAUUGAGGACGUCAACAGUGACGGCCCAGUUCUUCAAAUCCUCUACUCUAACAAUUUUAUAUCGAAAACAUGCCGCCAAGAAAUCGAAGACUCUGUUUGCGGUAUUAUUUUAAAGCAUCAAAAUCCCGCCUCUCAAGGGAAAGACUCCUACCACCUAAAACCUCAGAAGUCAGCUUUUGCAUUGGACGAAGAUGCUCAUAAGUCGUGCGCCAAAACAAUCAAGACAACGACAGAAGCCUUUAAAGUUGUUGGAAGUGUUUUGUAUUUCACCAGUUUCACUGUUGAUAAACUUGGACAACCUUUGCUGAAUGAUAAUCCCCAGUUGACAGAAGGAUGGGAGGUGCCAACCUAUCAGCAGGUUUUCAAACAAGUAAUUGGAACGGAUGGUCAAGAGAUAGAGAUGAAGGACAAAAGACCAAAGUCAAUGUGCUUCAACUGUGGCGCAGGCAACCAUCAAAUGAAGGACUGUCCCAAGCCCAAAGAUAUGGCUGCAAUAAACGAAAGAAGAAAAGAGUUUAACCAGAACAACCAGGGGAUGCAGAAUAACCAGAGAUACCACGCAGAUGAGGUUGAAGAAAGAUUCUCUAAAUAUAAGCCAGGGGUCAUGAGCAAGGAGCUUCUGGCUGCCCUGGGUGUGGAAGCCAACACUCUCCCACCUCUCAUCUAUCGAAUGAGGUUGCUUGGAUACCCACCAGGUUGGCUGAAGGAGGCGGAAAUGGAGAACUCUGGUUUAACCAUGUACGAUGGGGAUGAUGCCAAUCACAAUAAUGAGUCCAACAAUGCCAGUACACAAGAUAUCUCUUAUGAUGUUUCAAAACUGGUAGAUUUCCCUGGUUUCAAUGUGCCUGCACCACACAAAAUAAGAGAUGAGUUCCAGAUGUACAAUUCUGUUCCGAUGCAAAGCAACCACGUGAAGCACAACUAUGCUGCAUAUUUGUCUUCCAAUUUUGCCACGUCAAAUAGUCAUGGCAGUAAGCGGAGGCAUGAGUCUGACUCAUCUAGUCAUUCAAGGAAGAGAUCAAGGGGCAGUCCAGAUGCCAAUUCCAGCCGGAGCUCUGAUAUGGAUAUCGAGUCAGAUCCAGGUACAUCUUACCACAGGGGUCAAGGAGAGUUCAAGUUCCAACCACCACUACCCCCAGGCUCCCCAUGUUUUAGUUCUCCUCCCCCUUUACCACAUGGCACUCCUCCUGCGACUCCCACUCCUCCUCCUCUUCCAAAAGGUACACCCCCUCCCACACCCACAAAUGGAUCUCCUGCUCUUCGCGGGCAGAAUUUUGUGGUGCUCGAUGAGGCUGGUGAUGGAAAUGAGGAUGAGCUGUCUCUUGAGGAACUGGUUGAGCAGCAGAGAUUAAUCUGGGCAGCUUUAGAAAACGCUGACACAGCCACCAGUAGCGACUGUGAUACACCCGCAAUUGGAACUUCAAUAUCAACCUCAACAGGCGCCUCCACACCAGCACAUGCAGACACAGAGAUGGAGGAGGGAGAAGAACCAAUGGACACUAGACCCAAUGCUUUAUCUCCAAACAGUGAAAACCCAAGUGAAGUUGAAACUCAAGAGGACGUUCAGAGCCCUGGUCAAGUCCAGUCUCAAGAAGUCCAGUCCAGUCCACAAAGCCCUGAACCAACAAAUGACAGUGGUACGAGCAUAACAAAUAUUAGUGCGAACAAACCAGCAGACAAGGUUCCUGCAUCAAUCAGUGCCGCAGAUAACAGUGCGCAGAGUCCUGGGCCAGUCACGUCUCAAAAUGACAGCCCUCAGAGCCCUGAUCCAGAGUGUUCUGCAGAGGAAGAUGUUGUUGCUCUUUCUCAAUCAGCUGUCCCACAUCGCAGCAAGUUUGCUGCUGGAAUUGUUCCCUUUGAGGACACUCCUGAGUUCACUGAAGUUGCUGAGGCCACUGGGACUUACCUCAGGAUAAGGGACUUGCUCAAGGGCUCACCACGAAAUUUAGCCAAGAAAAAGUAGCUACUGUAGACAGUUAUUUUCAUGUAUGUAUUUAUGCAGCAACUUUUUAGGGCUUUAGCCUUUAUUGGAAUGUAUUUACUGGAAGGCUGGACCACUGGGAGACCAACAGUCGUGUUUGACACAUUGAUCAACAUCUGUUUCAGUCAUGUAAAUGUUGCUUUUUUUCUAUCGGUUGUGUCAUUGGUCUAAGAUUAUAUUUUUUUAAUUUUAAAACAUGGAUUUUUACAUUUGUGUUUUUUUUUCCUCAUAAAAAGUGUAUUUUGCUGAAUAAUCAUUCUCUUCACAAAUAUUCUUGUAACGUUUUACCGCCUGAUAUUGUUUUUUUAAUGUAUCAAAGUAUGACAAUUUGAGCUAAAAUGAAUUGAUUUUUUAAUUAAAACCUCAGAUUUUAUUUUGUAUCUUUUUUUUCCCACAAUCUUGGCUGCAAUUCCCGAACUUCAGGUUCUCCUGUGUUUCUCAGAAAAAUUAAAACUGAAAUCUCUCAGC